AUGUCCGCCGAGGUCAAGACCGCGGACGACGUCUUGGCGUUCUGGUUCGACGGCGACAUCGACGACAACUACAAGCACAAGUGGUUCCCCGCGGGCGACAAGACCGGCGCGAUCCAGCGAAAGAUCGACGACGACAUCGCGCGAACCUUCGGCGCGACGGUCGCGGCCGCGGAGUCCGGCGCGCUGUCGCGAUGGCGCGACGAUUCCCCGCGCGCGGCGUGCGCGCUCGCGAUGCUCCUCGAUCAGUUCACUCGCCACGUCCACCGAAACGCGCCCGACCGCGACGCGCGGCUCGCGGCCGCCGACGCGAUCGCCGUGGACGUCGCGGAGCGAUGCGUCGAGCGCGGCUGGGACGCGGCGCUGACGACGCCGGAACAGGUGUUCCUCCUCAUGCCGUUUCGCCACGGGAAGUCGAGAACGAUCCCGCGCCUUCGCGUCGCGUUGGCGCGGCUCGACGCGCGCAUUGCGACGCACGCGCAGCACGCGAGCUUGCUCGCGAAGUUUCGAAAGACGACGCUGCGGUGUUUGCAAGACAUGGAAGGGAAGCAGCACGCGGACGGGGACGAGAUAUUGGAGCGGAGCGAGUUUACGCCCGACGCGGCGACUGACGCGAUGAUGGCGUCGCACGCGUUGUAUGCCACCGUGGACGCGUUCGUUCGCGAGCGCGCGGGGCUGCCGCGCGGGGACGAUCGGUCGCGUAACCCGCGGUGGCGGCGACCGCCGCCGAAGCGGCCCGAAGGCGAAGAAGAAGAAGAAGACGCGUCGUCGAACGCUUCUGCUGAAGACGAACCGUCGACGUCCGCGCGUCGACAACAUUCUCCGGCGUGGCCGGCGGUGGGGAUAUCGCUCUCCGGCGGCGUCGACUCGAUGGCGCUCGCGGUCAUCUUGAAGCGUCUGUCGCGGGACGCGUCGUACGGCGGGUUCGACGUCGUCGCGAUGCACAUCGACUACGAUAACCGCCCGGAGUCGGGCGUCGAAGCCGACUUCGUGAGAGGGUGGUGCGACCGAAUGGGGAUCGAGUGCGUCGUUCGAAAGAUCGCGGAGGUGACGCGCGGAGUCACGCCGAGAGAGCAAUACGAAGCCGAGUCGAGGGCGAUUCGAUACGGGUUCUACAAGGACGUCGCGAAGACGCACGCGUUCCCCGCGGUGUUCGUCGGGCACCACGAGGGCGACGUCCAGGAGAACAUCAUCGCGAACUUGAUGCGCGGCGCCAACUUGCUCGCGGUGAACGGCAUGGAAGAGACCGGCGUCGUCGAGGGCGUCGCGAUCUGGCGGCCGAUGUUGCCGCACUCGAAAGCCGUCGUCCUCGACUUCGCGCACAAAUACGGCGUGCCUUACUUUUUGGACAGCACGCCGACGUGGAGCACGAGGGGGAAGCUCCGCAACCAGCUCGUGCCGCUGCUCGCGGAUAUGUUCGGGGAGGGGUUCUCGCGGAACUUGUCGCUGCUCGGGGAAGACAGCGCGCAGUUGGGCGCGAUGGUCGAGAGCGCGUGUCUCAAGCCGUUUCUGGACGGGAUGACGCUGUCCGACGCGGGGGCGUACGCGGAGUGUAAAACGUACGUCGACCAGCCGUUAUUUUUCUGGAAAGAAGCCAUGAAGCGGAUGUGCCACGGCCUCGGGAGCGGGAUGAUGAAAGAGAAGAGCGUGAGAGAGCUCCUCGAUCGGUUCGCGCUGAAGAAACGGAGGCGGCCGAGGGACGGGUGGAUCACGUUGAAAAAAACCAACAAGUCGUUCGUCGACGGCGACGUCUUCGCGAUGUUCAGCGAGCAGUUCUUCCCGCCGCACGACUCCAUCGCGGUGGGCGCGAAAGUCGCGCUGGACGCGGCGACGCCGCUGACGUUUGGGCCGUGGACGGUGACCGCGCGUUUGGUGUCGAACGUCCGCGAAGAAGGCGAAGGCGGCGAGCGCGUUUUCGUUUUGGCGACGGAGCCGCCGUUGGACGUCUACGCGGUGUUGCGCAACGACGCGACGUAUCAUCUCCCGUUCACCGGCGGCGACGGCGGGCUGUAUCUCGACCCGCGCGCGCGGAUACCCGCGUUCAAGGGCGUGGACGCCGCGGUCGUGAAGGCGAUGCCGGUCGUCGUCCCCGCCGGGCUCGGCGACGACGACGACGACGACGGCGGCGGCGGCGGCGGCGGCGGCGGCGGGGGGAUCGUCGCGGAGUACAAGGCGAAGACCUGGCCGACGUCUCUCUCGCGCGCGGAGACGUGCGUGGAGGUGCGGCUGACGUUCACGCGGACGCGGUCGCACGCGGAUCACCUCGCGACGGAGGAGUAG